GCUCGACUAUUUAAUGGGCUACCAUUGCCUCUCAGAGCCACAACCAAUUACAGCCUACCUAGCUAGCCAUGGAGAUGCAGCCACCACCCAAGAUGCCUGCCCCCCUCACCAUGACCAUGCUCAUGAUGAUGAUGAUGAUGAUGAUGAUGAUGGCCACCUCCGUCGCACUUGCUUCGGACACAGUGGUGCUCGGAGGACAAGCAGCAGCGCUCCUCGGCUGGAAAGCCAGCCUCGACAACAAAAGCCAAAGGGCACUGCACUCUUGGGGCAACACGUCGAUGCCUUGCAACUGGCGCGGCAUCAGUUGUGGUACUGUCAUGCAUUGGGGCCAGCACCAGCCCAUGAUCAAUAGCAUCUCUCUGCGGGGGAUGCGGCUGAGAGGGGCACUGGAGUCCCUCAACUUCUCGGCCUUGAGGACCUUGACACGCCUCGACCUCUCACACAACCUCCUCGCUGGGAGCAUUCCUCCUAGUAUCGAGGUCCUUGGCGAGCUCCAUGCUCUCCUUCUACAAGGCAACCAGAUAAGUGGUUCAAUCCCACUAGGUCUAGGAAAUCUCACAAAAUUGCAUUCCUUAAUGCUUCACGAAAAUGAACUCUCCGGUGAAAUACCAAGCCUGAUAGGCAACAUGAGUAGUCUUGUCACCCUCAACUUGUCAAGCAAUCACUUGAUUGGUCAUAUCCCUUGUGAAAUAGGACACAUGAAGCACUUAGUUGCAUUAGAUUUGUCAAGUAAUAAUCUUUUCGGUAAAAUACCAAGCAGCAUAGGUGGUUUGACCGAACUCACUAGCUUGUAUCUUUACUGUAACCAACUUUCUGGACAAAUUCCACGAGAACUAGGUUAUCUUCUAAACUUAAAGGACCUGCAACUUGGCAUCAACACACUCUCAGGUUCCAUUCCACGAAAUUUUCAUAAUUUGACCAAGCUCACUGUGUUAAAUCUACGGCUAAACAAACUUUCUGGGUUAAUUCCACAAAAAAUGGAUUACCUUUCGAACUUACAGUACCUGAGUCUUAGUGAAAACAUACUCUCGGGUUCCAUCCCAAAUAGCAUAGGAAAUUUGACAAAACUCACUAUCUUAUAUCUUUACAUGAACCAAAUUUCUGGACACAUCCCUCGAGAACUAGGUCGCCUUGUGAACUUAGAGGAUUUGGAUCUUCGCGGUAACACCCUAACUGGUUCCAUCCCAAAUAGCAUAGGAAAUUUGGCACAAAACUCACUAUCUUAUAUCUUGACAUGAACCAAAUUUCUGGACACAUCCCUCGAGAACUAGGCCGCCUUGCGAAAUUAGAGGAUUUGGAUCUUGACGCUAACACCCUAACUGGUUCCAUCCCAAAUAGCAUAGGAAAUUUGACCAAACUCACAGCCUUGUACCUUCCCAGCAACCAACUUUCUGGACACAUCCCUCGAGAACUAGGGUACCUGAAGAACUUAGUGGAGUUGAUGCUUUACAACAACACAUUAACAGGUUCCAUCCCAAGUAGCAUACGGAAUUUGACAAAACUCACAAGUUUGUACCUUGAUAAUAACCAACUUUCGGGGCACAUCCCUCGAGAACUACGUUAUUUAGUCAACUUAGACCAUUUGGAGCUUAGCUAUAACACACUGACAGGUUCCAUCGCAAAAAACCUAGGCAAUCUCACAAAACUCAGUUACUUGUUACUUGACAAUAACAAACUUUCCAACCACAUUUCCCGAGAAUUAGGUUAUUUGGUCAACUUAGAGUCCUUGUCUCUUAGAAACAAUUCACUAACAGGUCCCAUCCCAAAUAACCUUGGCAAUCUGACAAAACUUUAUAAAUUGGACUUUGGCCAGAACCAACUUUCUGGGCCAAUUCCAUGAGAAAUACUCUUAAUAGAUUUCAUCACAAACAGCCUAGACUAGCUUGUACGGAGUAGUAGAAUUAUCUUUGUGGGAAAAUUUCACAAGAAGUAGAAGGUGCACCGUCUCAUCCACCCUUCGUGGUGCUGCUGCUCCUCUCCCUCACGGGACAGGACCAAACCCCUGCGCCAGCUCCGCUGCCGUGGUUCUGCUCCUGACUUCUGCUGCACAAGCUCCUCCUCAUGGCGGCCGACUCCGCCGCCUCCUCCUGUGGGCUCAUCCUCACCGCCGCCACGGCCCACACGCCCUCGCCGCCGGGUCAAUCAACGCCGGCGCUCUCACCAGCGACUAGGCCACCGUCGCGGCGGCGCCCGCGCCGGCGGCCCACGCCAUCGCCGCGGUCUUGGACUACCGCGCAACCCCUCUCGCCUGCGCCACCGACGUCGUCCGGCCCUUGCCAUCGCCGCGGUCUUGGACUACCGCGCAACCCCUCUCGCCUGCGCCACCAACGUCGUCGCCGCGCUCUCCUGCAAGGACAGGGCCGACGUCGCCGCCGACCUCCGGAGGCUCCUACUAGAGUCCUCCAACCACGCAGCCGCCAGCGCCCCUACGGCGGUCUCGCUCUCCAUGCCUGGAUGUCGCCUGCGAAGCCAAGGAGGAAACUUUGAUGCUGCUGGCUGCUCAAACGGGCGAGGUGGCCCUGAUGCAUGCCACUGGGCGUGCAGUCGAUGUGCAACCCCAGCGCCGAUCGGACACUGCUUAUGUGUCAAUUCUGCUUAGGGAUAAUGCUAUGCUACUGACGGAAAGAGCGUUCUUCGCGUGGAUUCUGCAGUGGUUACGGAAUGGAAAGGGAACUCGAUCGAUAAAGUGAAGAAGGCUACCGAAAGCAGUGAAUUAGACUAAAGGUUUCCAAGGGAAUUAGCACCCUUAUUUGAGUUGAGAGAUACCCUUACGGGCAAAUAUAUAUGAUGAAGACUCUAGGUUGGUCUACGACCUUGCUCAUCAGGAAGGCAACGCCAGUACUGUGGCGCCCAAGGAAGAAGCGGCCCAGUCGCCGCUACGACCCUGCCACCUGGGAGACAUGAAGGAGAGCAGGCUCUGCUUAUCAGAGAGCCUAAAGCGUAGUGUGGGUGUUGUGUGUUUUAUUCAGACUACUGUACCUCCCUUCUCCUCACCUUCUCCCCUGAUCCUCUUAUAUCACCUCUAGAACUCGAAUUCCAGCGAGUAACUGAGGACUACUGAACGAGGCACAUAACAUCACCGCCAAGACGAAAACGUUGUUGAAGAAAUCUUCCAGGGUCUGUGUCAUAAGAAGGGAGGCCUCAGCGAUGGUUUUAACGUGGACGCCUGCAUGAAAUCAUAUGGUGAACAUAAUAGAUGCCAACAGUACGACCUGCACAACUGAAAUUUGUCGCCCUGAGAACUGAGAAUGGAAGACUUGUGUACCAGAAUGGAUCUUAGCCUCCAGGGUUUUCUCUUUGGCCUUGUCCAAUACACUCGCGUUGACCUGUGUUGUUUCAUUGUAAGGCAAGAAAUGUUGAGGCAGUGGCAGCCGAUACUACUCUGCUGGUGAUGGGCAA